CGGGCGGUGGUGGCGCACGCCUUUAAUCCCAGCACUCGGGAGGCAGAGCCAGGCGGAUCUCUGUGAGUUCAAGGCCAGCCUGGGCUACCAAGUGAGUUCCAGGAAAGGCGCAAAGCUGCACAGAGAAACCCUGUCUCGAAAAACCAAAAAAAAAAAAAAAUGGUGGGAUGGGAAUUGACAACAACUGCAAACAAGGGGAGACGGACAGAAGUGUUCGUGACAUGGCUGGGCAUGCACAUUCAGCUGGCACACAUGCUGGGCAUUGCUCUACACCUUUCCCGGCAUGCACAUUCAGCAGGCACACAUGCUGGGCAUUGCUCUACACCUUUCCCGGCAUGCACAUUCAGCUGGCACACAUUCUGGGCAUUGCUCUACACCUUUCCCUGCAUGCCCAUUCCACUGGCACACUUGCUGGGCAUUGCUCUACACCUUUCCCAGCAUGCACAUUCAGCUGGCACACAUGCUGGGCAUUGCUCUACACCUUUCCCAGCAUGCACAUUCAGCUGGCACACAUGCUGGGCAUUGCUCUACACCUUUCCCUGCACUCAAGAGUAAACGUUGUCUUAAUUAACUUGCCUGGCUUCAAAGGGCAUAUAAUUAGCAGAAUUAGGAUUUGACCCAGAGCCUAUAUUGUUGUAUUAUAUGUGUGCUUUGCAGCUAGAUGAGCCUAUAAGUCAAAUAAGACAAAUUUGGGGGGAGUGGAACUGAAUGGGAGGCUAACUCUUUACAUUAGAGUAACCAUGUUUUAGUAAAAUAAAAAGUUAUGCUAGAAGUGAAAUACCAAAUAUACAUACAUUUUUUGAAUAAAAAUUUUUUAAAGAACUAGAGGUUUUUUAUGUUCUCCACAAUUUUUUUUGGAGGGGGGAAUAAAUAAUUCCAAGUUCUGUCAGCUACUGAGAGUUAUUUCCGUGGAAAAGUUUGGAAGUCAGGAGACCUGUGGAAGACUGACAGCUCCAGGCAGCCGUGUUUCUCCCGAUCAGACUAAAGUUGUAGGCAGAUGAGAAUUUUCUAUUAAAAUCUGACUUGAUGUUCGCAAAGCACUGAGCACAGUGAGCAUUCUCUGCAGGUAAGGGAACUGACACAGGAAGGUGAAGUAAUUUUCAGAUUACCCAGAACUGAGCCCAGGAAUAAAAUUGUAUAGCAAUCUGACAUGCUACAAAAUCUUUAUCUUACAAUGGACUGCAGAGAUCAUGAAUUUUCUUUCAACCAUAUCAUUUUUUCCUAAACGCUUCCCCGGAAUAUUGUUUUAAUUUAUUUUUGUUGUUGAUGUAGUUAGUUUCACCAAAAAUUGUAUUAAUUCACAUUUUCAAAAUAUAAGUGUUGCUUUCUUCAAAUGUUUGUUUAAAACUAGAUUUCAUCACUUUUGUUGCUUUUUCGGUUUUGCUGUUUAUGUAAUCUUUCCCACAGAUUUCAUGGUGGUUUUAAUUUACUUUGUGUUAUGUCAGAAGAAACUCCCCUCACACAGCACUCAUCCUCUCAUUACAGGAGGGCGUUCUGUUGUUCUCUUUGUUAUGACCCCGGGCGAGCAGGUGGCAUGAGAAAACCACAAUAGCACUUUCUUUCUUACAUAAUAAAAAGUAAUCACUUGUUACACUGCUUUUCCUGUGGAGACAGGAACAAACGGAUAUUGAUCCAAGAUAGGCACUGAUGACGGACCAAAGGAACAAUGCCGUGAAAGCCUGGGCUGGUGAGCAAAUACGUUUGCUGGGCUUCCUUACAGGAGAACGGAUGAGCUUCCCUCUAAGAUGAAUGCCUCGAGAACAGCUCAUCACUAAAGCGUUGCAGUCCAGCAGCACGGGGGAUGACCUCCUGAGAGCCACAUCGAUGGAGUCCCUCCCGCAGCUAACUUCUACUCCUGCGUAGUCCGUCACCUCUCCUGACCAUGUGUAGUUGGACGGGAGGGUGUGCAGAUGGGGACGGGGUGCACAGGAAGGAGUGAGCGAUUAUAAUCUCAGAUGAGGGCCGGUUACCCUUGCCCCACCCUCCCGAGGAGGGAAUGUCCAUAGGCUGGAUCUUGUGAGUGCUCUUACCUGUAGUCAUAGUUGUCCUGAUUUCAGGAUAAUAUUGGCCAGUCCAGGCCUAGAGUUCCACAAUAUCUCUGGCUCUGAUUACCACAGUAAUUUCAGACAUAGAUUUUUCUUAAAUUACACUGUUCCAUCAUCUCCUGGUGUUAUAAUUACUGGUCUGACAAAAGUAUCCCAUGUUCCGUUUCCUGGUGAGGAAGAAAUAGUACUGGGGAGGGAUGGAUUAAAAGCAAAUAAUUUGCUGUUAAACAAGUGAGAAAGAAAUUGUAAACAAUAUUUAAACUCACAUUCUUUUGGCAGCCACUCUAGUUACAGGACCACACAUAAGUGCAAGAGAAUCUGUAAAAUAUGCUCUCUAGCUGGGUGGCCAUCUGCCCAGCCUUUCUCUUUAACAGAAAGCAGUAGAAUGUAUUUGGAGGUUCAACUAGCAGGCCAUUGCUGUCCCCCCCCAGAUUUCUAGAGUUUGUAUCUAUUUCUCUUCAUUUAUGAGAUCUUAUGUAUUAAGGAAUUUUUUUCCUCACUAUAUGUCCUAGUUGUGUUUCCAAUAUAUCUUUUAAUUUUUUAGUUUGAUGACAUAUUUUUGAAGCUUAUAUAGUCAAAUCCUAUGUUGACUUUUGCAAGACGUAGUUUUUUAGAGCUAUUUUAGGUUCAUAGCAAAACUGAGCAGAAAGUAAAGAUUGCCCUACCCUCACCCAGGCUAACCUCUAGCCAAGCAUUAUCUCCCACAGAUGUGCUACAUUUGUUGCAAUUAGUGCACCUACUAUGGCAUAUCAUUAUCAUGCAAAAUCAGUAAGUCAAUACUGAUAUUUUAUGCUUUAUAGGUGUAGACAAGUUUAUAACAAUAUAUAUUUACCAUUACAGUAUCAUACAGGAUAUGAGUUAUUGCCCUAAAAAUGCUUUGUGAUGUACUUAUUCCUCCCUCCCUCCCUCCUAAUCCCUGGCAAGCACUGAUCUUUUCACUCUGUCCUAAGUUCCACCCUUGCCAGAAGGCCAUGAACUAGGAAUCAUGCAGUAUGUAACCUUUUCAGACUGGUUUCCUUCACUUAAUAAUAUGCACUUUGAGUCUGUUCACGGCUUGAUAGCUCAUUGCUUUCAUGUGCUGAAUAUUCUUCUUCAUCUGGAUGUGUAACAGUUUAUCCAUUUAUCUACUUGAGGACAUUGUGGUUGCUUCCAAGUUCUGGCAAUUAUGAAGAAACUGCUAUAGAUACUCAUGCUUCAGUUAUGUGUGGACUGAGUUUUCAGCUCCAUUUAGUAAAUGCAAAGAAAUAGAAUUUGCUGGGUCAUAUGGUUUAAAAAAAAAAAAAAUCCCAGUUUUUAUGAGAAACUGCCGAACUGUCUUUCAAGAUGACCAUGCCAUCUGACAUUCUCAUCAUACAUAAUGGCUGAAGGGUCCUGUGGCUAUUUGUUCUAAUCAGUGUUUGGCGCUGUCAGUGUUCUCAAUUUGGGCCACACGAGAUGUUCAGGUUAAUGGUAUCAUAUCAUUUUACUCCUCAUUUACUCAUUGUCAUAGACUGGGGAGCCUCUUUUCAUAUGUUUAUUUGCCAUGUAGAAAUCUUUGAUGAGGUGUCUGUUCAAGCCUUAUGCUUAGUUUUAAAUCAAAUUUUUUAAUUGAAUUUGAAAAAUCCUUUGUAUAUUUUGGGUGUCAGUCACAUAUUGGCUCUGAUUUUUGCAAAUAUUUUCUUUUAGCUUAGCUUGUCUUUUGAUUCUUGAUAGUUUCUUUCACUGAGCAGAAAUAUAAAAUAUGUUUUCGUUAAAGUGUGAAGGAUUUAUUUUUCAAGUUUAAAAAAUGUGUUCUGUCCAAAACAAUGCUGUCUUUAAGUUGACCUUAUUCCUUAAGCAAUUUACUUUCUGGACUUGGUAAGUUUUAUUGAUCUGUAAUCUACAAAUAUCUUUAAUAAAAGUUUUACAGAUACAAAAGAACCUAGCUGGUACAUUAUGCUGACUUUGGGGGUCUCAUACUAAUUUUUCCAGUCUAACAUGCUGAUAAAAGAAUAGAAAAUACCUUCCAUUGUACAGGAGAACUUCAGAUUUUGUUCCAGUCUUAGACGACUGUUUGGUGGGAGCCUCUCUGGCAUCUUUCAGAACAGGAAUGGCAGGAAAUGUGUUUUAUGUUGAUUGUUGAAUUGUUUCAUUUGUUGUUGACUUUCCUCUAAAAUAAGCUGUGCACCCGGGAGGAGGCUGAGGAAGUGCCAAAGAGCCAAGAAGGUCUCAGAAACCAGAGAUAUCUUCAUGGAAAAUGUUUCUGUUUUAGACUCAUUUUCCACACUCUGGAUUUUAUUAUGUGUGAUAUGAUAGUGUAAAUUCCUGUAGGUCAGGUUGAAGUAGUCUGCAAGAAUAAGCCAGGCCGUUCAUUGUGAACCUCUUUGAAAAUUCUCCACUGUAUUCUGCCCUCAUCAGACUUCUUGAAAGCACAGUCAUUAUAAUUGUUAUCUUAUAAAAUGUCUUCUAAUGAGCUCCUAAAUUGAAUAAGCAAGCAUUCAUGUUGUAUUAAGUGGAAGCUGCAUAGCAAAUUGGUGCAUUUUGACCAUUUCAACAAGUGCCUUCACUAAGUUGGGUUAACUCAGUAGCAUUUAUGGAAAUACUAAGUCAAGAAAAUAAAAAGCAUUCUUUCCAAAUAUUUUCUUAAAUGUAAUAGAAAUUGAGAAUUUUUAAAAGAAGUUACAUUAGUAUAUGGUAUGGGUAUAAACUAUAUGACUAAAAUUGGUCUGAACUUUUUCAGUGUUAAAGACUAUUCAAAGUCUGUGUUAGUCAGGAGUGGUAUCCAUGCCUCUCCUCCCAGCACUCUGGAGGCAGAGGUAGGUGGGUCUCUGUGAGUUCUAGGUCAACCUGGUCUACAGAGUUCCAGGACAGCCAGGGCUACACAGAGGGUCUCGCAAACAAACGAACAGCAACAACAAAAAAGACAAAACGUAAAGUCUGUGUUAGAAAGGCAUCAUAAGAUAAUGAACUUUGGAGUUACCUGUUUUCCAAGUCCAGAUCUCCCAUUUGCCAGCUCUGUGACUUGGGACAAAUUACUUGAUCAACUUUCAUUUUCUCAUCUAUAAGUGUUAUAAUUGUGGUCUCAAAAUUGUUUUAACUGUAAAUGAGUUUAUGUGAGAGACACUUAGAAUAUUACAUGAUAUACUCAUUAAUUGUCAUUUGUACCUUAAAAUAAGAGGCACUGUCCCCAAGCCCUUGCUGUACCCCUCUCUGAGAACACUUUAUGUGAGCAUCUUUUCAUUCCUUCAGACCUUUUGCUAUUAGUUUGGUUCCAUUUUACAAAUAAGGAACAAAAUGACUAGAGGGCUAACUUAACCACUGUCAUGUAACUAGUGAGACCCAAAAGAAAGUCCCUAUUUUAACCCCAGUGAAAUACACAUCCUCAGAAGUAACAGAAGGAAGAAGGUAGAUGUUACAGCCUCAGAUUGGAAUGUGAAAGCCAUUUUGAAGGAAACUGGGAUAAAUGAAAUCAUGAAUGAGAGCGAAAGAAGAAGUGUUCAAAAGCAGUGGUGUACAUCUGGGAGCAGUAGAGAGAGCUCAGGCCAGAAGAGUGACUAAUGAGAGAUAGUAGAGGAAAGUGGAAUGUGUGAGUCACGCCGUGAGGUUUCCUUCUGGCAGCUGCACACUUGCAUUAAGUACAAGAGAGAAUAGAUUGCUGAAGAGGCUGUCACAGCCUUAAUUUACAGUGUGAGCAGAGCUAUCCCACUUGGUUUGCUUUCUAUGUAUCUUAAGCCUUUCUAGAUUAUUCCAGCCCCAAAUAUUUCAGAUGCCACUCCCUUAUUCUUACUUCAUCCAUAUUUUAGGCAUACUGUUAUUAUUAUAGAUUAGAUUUCAGUUUUUAUUAAGCUCCACAAUUUGUCAUCCUCAGUCGGGGCCACAUGACCUUAUUCAAAAUUGAAGUGUUAGAAAAAACAGUUUGAAAUCAGGGUGAAAAAUUAAAGAUGAGAAGUUCAGUUUGUUCAGUUUGUGUCUCACUGUAAGCUUACCUCCAGAGUUUUCUGACACUGCUUUAGAAAAAAACUAACUUUAACAUAUUGGUAUCAAUAUAUUUAUUUUUCCUACCUGCCUCCCUCCUUCCUUUCUUUCUUGAGGGAAAUUUUAAGGCAGUUAAAAUCCUUCUGAACGCACUCACAGUUAUGAUCUCAUGCAAUAAGGGCCGUGGUGAAGACAAGCAAGAGAAGAUCAUUCUCGGGCACAGAAGAGAAAGACCCAGUUGACUUUCACAGGGUGUUUGAGUUGACUCUUGAAAGCCAGUGACAGCAGAGUUGGGAGAGGUAUUCUGGAUAGAGCUGGCCAGAUGCAGAGUCCCUCGGGUCAGUCCGAGUUGGAACUAAGCAGGAGUAGACCUGCAGACAUCCCACCUCUGCUACAGACAGAUGUGAUUGGAGGUGUUGUUUCUAAGAGAGGAACUGCAGUCUUUGUCCCCAGCUGGUGGACAGCUAGUGUGUGUCCCCUCUAAGGAGGACCAUGAAACAAGUGUUCUGUAGUGUGAGGGGGAGGGGCACCUGAUACCUUUGUGGCUCUCCACACGAGGUAGGUUGCUUUCAUUUAAGAGAUCACUUGUUUCUUUGGGGCUCUUUUCCUCUUUUGAUCUUAUACCUCAAUUGAUCCUUUCAGUAGUAGAUUCAUUUAUUGAGCUGGCUCCAUGUCCUUUAUGUGUUGUGCUUGCUUUAUUGCUGUUUUCUCUUACGAUCUACCUUAAUGGUCUAGGUUACUUCCUUAUAGAUUGCUAAAAUUAAAACUGUCACAUUAGUGGAGGCAGCCCAUAAAAAGCAAGCUAUGAAUAUGUUUGCUAUCUAGUCCUUUUUUUACUCACAUAUUUUACUUCUAUCUAUGUUUAUUUCUCUUUUUUCUUUUAAUCCAAUAAUUUUUCUUCAAAGAGGCCAAAAUUAUUAAAGAUUAUAAUUCUGCAUUGUUACAUUUGACAUAUAUAUUAAAAUUUUAUGAAAAAUAAGCUUCAUCUUCCGUUUUCAAUUGGUACUUGUGUAGAGUAGCAAUCUCAGACUUUAGCUUUUGUACUGGCUAGAUUUAUGUCAACCUGACACAAGCUAGAGUCAGGGAAGAGGAACUCUUCAACUGAGAAAAUGCCUCCCUCCAUAAGGUCAGGCUGUAGUCAAGCCUGUAGGGCAUUUUCUUAAUUAAUGAUUGAUGUGGGAGGGCCUAGCCAAUUGUGGGUGGUGCCACAACAAAGCAGACUGAAGAAGCCAUGAGAAGCAAGCCAAUAAGCAACCCUCCUCCAUGCCCUGUGUCAGCUCCUGCCUCCAGGCCCCUGCCCUGUUAAAGUUCCUGCCCUAACUACUUUUGGUGAUGCUGAAGUGUGAGCUAACUAAACCCUUUCCUCCCCACAUUUCUUUUGCUCAUGAUGUCUCAUCACAGCAAUAGAAACCUUAACCAAGACAGCACUCCAAAAGUCGGUUUGCAGAAGGAUCAUUACUUUGUACUUCAGCAUGUUCCUUUGCACAUUAUUGUGCAACAUUAUAUCAUGUGCCAGUGUAUGAUCUUUGAUUGUGCAUUUCCUUUGUUUCUAUCUUAAGACAUUAACCUUUUGAGUCAAAUGGGAAUUGUUUCAUUUGCCUAAAUAGAAACUUUCAAUAUAAGUUUCUUCCAGUUUGUUCAGUAGUAGCAUGGUUUGAUGCAGGCAGCUGGGAUAGCUCAUUUAUUCAUUGAAUACUUGGUAAGUUCCUGCUGUAUUCCUGGGAGGAUAGAAGAGUCCCUAGGAAAUUAUAUUUUAAAAUAGGCCGUCAGUCUGGGCAGAUGGCUUCGUGGGUAAAGUCCUUGCUGUGUAAGCAUGAGGACCUGAGUUUGGGGCCCCAGCACCCCGGUGUGGCAUCAUGUCUGUAACCCCAGCACUCUGUGGGAGACAGAUGGGUUCCAGGGACUGACUGACCGGCCAACUCAGCUAAAAGAGCAAGCUCUAGAUUCAAUGAGAAAUCCUGUUUCCAAAUAUAAGAGGGAGAGCACCAGAAGAAGAGACCUAAGACAUUCCUGGCCAAACACACAAGCAUAGGUGAGCAAUCACAUUCACACACAAAUUUUAAAAAUAGUGAAUAAAAGUAGGAUCUCUGUGUGAAAAUAAAAGCAGUUAAUAACCUUAAUAAACAACAAUAAACUGUAUACCCAUAAAUACAAGAAAAUAUACACCCAAUAGGUAAGUAAGUGGAUGGAUGGAUAGGUAAGUAGAUUGGCAGAUAGAAAGAUACCUUCUGAAUUAAAAUUUAUGAUUAAUGAUGUUUUGAUAUCAUAUUGUCUAAAAGUAUGUUAACUUUUUAAAAAUUAAGGUUGACAGAUUUGCAAUGGAAUUAGAACGGAACCGGAAUUUGAACAAUACCAUAGUUCAUGUUGACAUGGAUGCUUUCUAUGCAGCUGUAGAAAUGAGAGACAAUCCAGAAUUGAAGGAUAAACCCAUUGCUGUAGGAUCAAUGAGUAUGCUGUCUACUUCAAAUUACCACGCAAGGAGGUUUGGUGUUCGCGCAGCCAUGCCAGGAUUUAUUGCUAAGAGACUCUGCCCACAACUUAUUAUAGUGCCCCCGAACUUUGACAAAUAUAGAGCUGUGAGUAAGGAGGUUAGGGAGAUUCUUGCUGAAUAUGAUCCCAACUUUCUGGCCAUGAGUCUGGACGAAGCCUACCUGAAUAUAACACAGCACUUGGAGGAAAGGCAAAGUUGGCCUGAGGACAAAAGAAGAUACUUCAACAAAGCAGGAAACUCUGUAAAAACUGAUUCAGAUAAGCCGGGCAAGGAAGCUCACAAAGUGAGUGAGGAUGAACCGGCCAGCUCCCCACUGCUGUUUGAAGAUAGUCCUCCUGAUUUGCAACUCCAAGGAAAUCCUUUCCAACUGAACUCUGAAGAAGAAGACAAUCCUCAAAUACUCCAAAAUUCAGUUGUUUUUGGAACAUCAGCUGAGGAAGCGGUGAAGGAAAUUCGCUUCAGAAUUGAACAGAAAACAACACUGACAGCCAGUGCAGGUAUUGCCCCCAAUACAAUGUUAGCAAAAGUGUGCAGUGAUAAGAAUAAGCCAAAUGGACAAUACCAAAUUCUGCCCAGCAGAAAAGCAGUGAUGGACUUCAUCAAGGACUUGCCUAUUAGAAAGGUUUCUGGAGUAGGAAAAGUUACGGAGAAAAUGUUAAUGGCUCUUGGAAUUGUUACUUGCACAGAACUCUACCAACAGAGAGCACUGAUUUCUCUCCUUUUCUCGGAAACAUCUUGGCAUUAUUUCCUUCACAUCGCCCUGGGUCUGGGUUCAACAGACCUAGCAAGGGAUGGAGAAAGGAAAAGUAUGAGUGUUGAAAGGACGUUUAGUGAAAUAAGUCACACAGAAGAACAGUUCAGCUUAUGCCGAGAGCUGUGCACUGAACUUGCUCGUGAUCUCCAGAAGGAAGGACUGAAGGGGAGAACUGUUACCAUUAAGCUGAAGAACGUGAAUUUUGAAGUAAAAACUCGUGCAUCUACAGUUCUGUCUGCUCUUUCUACUGCAGAAGAAAUAUAUGCCGUUGCUAAGGAACUGCUAAGGACAGAAGUUAACGCGGGUUCUCCACAUCCCCUGAGGUUAAGGUUGAUGGGUGUUCGGAUGUCCACUUUUUCCAACGAAGAUGACAAGAAGCACCAACAGAGGAGCAUCAUUGGCUUCUUACAGGCUGGACAGCAAGCUCUGUCAUCUCCUGGGUGUAGUCUAGACAAAACGGAGUUUGUAAAGCCUUUAGAAAUGUCUCCUAAGAAGAGUUUCUUUGAUAAAAAGCGAUCAGAAAGGAUCUCGAACCAUCAAGACUCACUCAGAUGUGAAAUUGUGGAUCAGCAAGCUUUACAGCCCUCACAACCAUGCCAAGCUUUAAAGAAGAUGAGCGAGAGUUUGGAAACAUCAGAGAAUUCAAAUAACUGUCAGACGUUUACAUGUCCAGUUUGCUUUAGGGAUCAAGAAGGCAUCAGUCUGGAAGCCUUUAAUGAACAUGUAGAUGCUUGUCUUGAUGGGCCAUCAGCCAGUGAGAACUCGGAAAUGCCCUCUUUCUCACGUGCUUCCUCGGCAGACACUGGUCAGAAGGAAUAUGCACUAUGUGAGAAACAGGAUCAUGAAGAUGGAGAGAUCACUUCAGCAGACGGUGUGGAUCUCAUAGAGACUGAAGACAGCUCAUUGAAAGCAGCAAGUAUGGACACUUUAGGAAGUCAUCACAGCAAAGAGGAAUGUCCUGAUUUUCCAAACCAGUCUCGUCCUAUUUCAUUGGCAGAUGAAGCUGUCGGAAUAUUAAGUAAGCAAGAAUCCAUCCAGCCCUGCACAGAUGAGGCAGUAACAGGACAAGCUCUAGUUUGUCCUGUUUGUAACCAAGAACAAAAGACUUCUGAUCUUACCCUCUUCAAUGUACAUGUGGAUAUUUGCUUAAAUAAAGGCAUUAUCCAAGAACUGAGAAAUAAUGACAUUAAUUCAGUCAGCCAACCCAAAGAAAGCUCCAGAAAUACUGCAGACAGACUUCAGAAGGCUGCAAGAAGGACAAAAAGGCCGGGACUGAAGACAAAGUUCUCCACGUCAAAGAAAACAAGACCUCCAAGUCCCAGACACACCCUGGAUAUAUUUUUUAAAUGAACUUUGACCAUUUUAUCAACAUUUUUUUAUUGAAAUUUUAGUUUUAUAAUCAUUGCAUUUAUUCUUCCUCAUUUAAAAUUUAUUCAUUUAGGGACGACAAAUGCAAUAAUACCUCCCCAUAAGACCUUUUUUAAGAAUGCAGAUUAUAUAUUAACUUAUUUCUUUGUAUUUCCUUUAAUAACCUUAAGAAUUUCAUUUCCAGUGUAUAUAUCAGUUGGAAAUCAGUCAUGUUAGAGAAAACAGAAGCGAAAGGGGAGGUCAGAAGAUGAUGUGUUGUUUUAUACUGAAUAUGGAAUACUUCUAAGGACUCUGAGUCAUGUGUGUUAGUUUCAGCAUGAACAUCUUAGUGUUUGGCCACCGUGUUGCCAUUGGCUGCUGCUGUCCUUGCUCUUGUGUCUGUAAGUGUUCUGUGAAUGUUUGUAGUUAAAUUUAACCAUGAGAUCUAGGAAGGGUAGUUUAAUAGAAAUAGCACAGGGGCACGUGUUACCUUCAGGAAAGUAAUGCACAGUAUUACCUGUGUUUGAAGGACUUGUUCAAACUAUUGUUAAUUGUUUUUCCUUACUCACAAUUCCUUUAUCUUAUAAAUAAGCACUUGGCUCACAUAAAGAAAUAUUUAGUCUAUAAUUCAAAAUUGUUUUUUUAACUCAGUACUUUAAAUGGCAGUAUUUCAUUUUUUGGUAAUUAUGUUUGACUUUCUACAAAUUUGUGGUAAACAAGAUAAGUUAUGUAGUCACUGAUUUUCCUUCUACUCUUUCAGAGAAAAUGUGCAGCUCAGAAGAUAAAUGCACUGACCUCAGGUACAUGCCUGUCACAUCUUCGUUAAUAUUUGUGAAAGAAGGAAGAUUUGCAACAAUUAAGGAAUUGCUUCAAGCAUGGUGCCACCCACAAGUUCUUAUCAAAAAGCCUUUUUUGCUACUGCUUUAAGAACUUAAUCUUGCUGGGUGGUGGUGGCGCGCGCCUUUAAUCCCAGCACUUGGGAGGCAGAGGCAGGUGAAUCUCUUGAGUUCAAGGCCAGCCUGGUCUACAGAGCAAGUUCUGGGGCAGCCAGGGCUACACAGGGAAACCCUGUCUAGAAAAACCCAAAAAGAAAAAAAAAAGAACUGAAUCUUUUUUUUAUAUAUAGUUUGGUCUUUGAAUAUAUUAGUGCAUUUAGAGUAGACAGAGAAAUGUUUGAGGGGUAGCUUUUUCUUGAGACUUUACAAAGCCCUAGCCGCAGUCGUAACCUGACUUUUAAUUACUAGCAGAUUUAAAGAUGGGCUGCAAGCUUGCUGAUGUACCAGUCCCUUACCUGAUAUUGUACACUGUGACAGUUCCAGAGCUGUGGUGUUAAUUAUUUAUAAAAUUAAAUUCAGUGAAACUGAUUUAAUGUAUUGAAAAAUAGAGAUUACUGUAUUUAUUGUUUUCUCCCAUCUGAAGUUUAUUUUUACUGUUUUCCACAUUAAAUAAUAAAUUAUUUUCAUAUAGAUGCUCCAUUUAAUUGAAAGCCAUCAUAUAUAAUACUUAAUAAUUUAAAAUAAAAUUUUAAAACCUUU